AUGAGCCUUUCUUCCUUUCUUCUUCGAUUUCUUGGAGGUGGCAUGAGAGUCGAUGCUCAAAACGCAAAUAUUAAAGCGCCUCCCUCCCAACAUCGCCUACAUUCUAGCUGCCCACCCCGAAACCCCAAAUCCGAUACUCAUGAGUCCAAGAUCCACCAGAAAAAUCUCCUCCCUCCUCCUCAUCAGCCCGCCAAAAGGCCGACGACCUCCCGAAAACCUAGGCCCCAAGUCCAGUCCCAAACCCUCAGCCCCAUCGAAAUCCAGCGAUCCCGCCGCGCCCCUCUCUCCUCCUCUCUGCUUUCUCCGGCGACGUCGAACGGCUCAGAGCGCCGCCCCUUCGUCCUCCUCGACGGCAGCGUCACCUACUACUACGCCCUGCCCUCCGACCACCCCGUGGGCCCCACAGGGGAGGACGAGGACUACUGGUCCUACCUCGGGCUCGACGAGCAGGGGGCCCCGCCGCCGCCGGCGAAGAGGAAGGUUGGCGGUGGAGACGAGUACGCUCGGCUCAGAGAGAGCGUUAGGAGAUACGGAAACCCUAAUGCCGGGGGCGAAGAUGGGUUGUGCGAUUUGAGAAAGGCACGGGAUUUGGGGAAGUUUGACUGGUGCAGAGAGAGCGUGAGGAGAUAUGGAAACCCUAAUGUGGAGGGUGAAGAUGGUGUGCGGGGUUUGGAAGAGUUUGAUCGGUAUAGAGAGAGUGUGAGGAGAUAUGGAAACCCUAACACAGAUGAUAGGAUUGAAUUUUCUUGGAGGGAGUUGAAGAGAGAAGAAAUUGAAGAUGGUUUGAACUCUUUAGGAAGGGCGCAAGCUUUGCGGGAGUAUGAUCGGUGUAGAGAGAGCGUGAAGAGAUACGGAAACCCUGACGUAGAGCGUGAAGACAAUUUGCGGGCUUCCGAAGAGUAUGAUGGGUAUAGAGAAAGUGCGAGGAGAUAUUUUAACUCUACCACCAAUGAUAGGGUUGGAUUUUCUUUGAGGGAGUCAAGGAGAGCAGAGGUUGAGGGGGGUGAUAUACAAGAAGCAUUCUUGAAGUGUUCAAAGUUGAUUAAUGAGAGCUUGACGGAAAGGAUGAAGUACUUGGAGGAUGGUAAGAGUGUGUCUUUGAGGUGCAUCAUCUGUGGAAGGACAUCUAAAUCUUUUUCCGGAGUGCAUGACCUCAUCAUGCAUGCAUAUACCUCAGAGAUGUCUGAGCUCCGAGUAGACCAUCUUGGGUUGCACAAGGCUUUAUGUGUUCUUAUGGGCUGGAAUUAUGCAAAGGCACCUGAGACCUCCAAGGCAUAUCAAUUAUUAUCUGCUGACGAGGCUGCAGCAAAUAAGGAAGAUCUCAUUGUAUGGCCACCAACAGUGAUUAUUCAUAACAUAAAUACUGGAAGGAGGAAAGAUGGCCGCAUGGAUGGCAUGAGCGACAAGGAGGUGGAUAUGAAACUUAAAGAACUCGGCUUUGCUGGUGGCAAAUCUAAGUCAUUAUAUGGGAAAAAGGGUCACUUGGGUAUUGCAGCAGUUAAAUUUGCAAGCAGCCCAGCUGGUUUGGAGGAGGCAGAAUGCCUUGCAGAAUACUUCAAGAAGAACAAUCGCGGGCGCAAAGAUUGGACCCAAAUGGAAACUUCACAUAAUGAUAGUGAUGACAAGAAGACGGAUGAGAAGAAGAACAUCUUUUAUGGGUACCUUGCGACUGCUGCUGAUCUUGAUAAGGUUGAUAUUGACACGAGGAAGAAAGCCGCCAUCAGGAGUAGAAGGGAAAUUUGAUCCGUAGAUUGAUGUUCACAGAGGUUUGGUGAUUGGUGAGAUCAUUUUGAAGCCGCAAUUUCUCUUUUUGGGAAGGAUUGUCAACCGUCUUGGCCUUCAAGCUUUAAUGGACCGGUAUUUUGUGACUGAAGGUAAUAAUCGGGGUUUAAGUUAAUGUAGAUACUUACUGUAUAAUUUGGGACGGUGUCUGCGUGCUUGACAAUACUCGAAAGCUUAAAUUACAUUGAAUAUUUUUUUUUAAAAUUUUGUAUUGUUGGGACAAAGGGGGUGAAAUGACGAGUGAUUGGUUUGCCAACUUGUUCGAUAGCCGAGAUGAUGGCUACCAAUGUAUUAGAUCUAUUUAGUCUUCCCUCUAUAUCCUAAUAAUAUAUAUAAAAAAAAACCUUAAUUUUUUUUAGCAUUGUAACAUCUAGCAAUCAAGGAUUGUUUUUGAGUGUUCUCCCAA